AUGGGAGCUGGAGGAUACCGCUGCAGCGAUGAAGUCCAGAAAGAUCUCAAGGACCACGGUGCUAGUGGCUGGAAGGAGCCAGGCUCAGAACCGGGAGGCGUGGCAGAAUCUGGUGUCGGAGGCGAAGACACACUUUGUGUCAACGAAGAUGCAGGAGUGUACAAGUUUGACUACGAGGGCGGUCUCUUUUAUAUUGGACAAACGCAGCGAAGUAUUUGUACCGCGUCAACAAACAUGUACUUAGCUGAUGUCAAACACGUAAACAACUCUGCAGUCUGCGAGCAUGUCACGGAUAAACCUACACAUUCAAACAAUCUUGAUAAACCCCAGGUCUUCACAAACGCAUCCCCAGAACAUUGGUGCGCGCCACCGCCAGAGCUGGACGUUCUGCAACUCCCAGAUGAUCUUCUGCGAAACCUAACUGUACCACGGCGGCCGUCUGGAACUUACGAAUCUUGUAUAGCUUAUGUUGUGGAUCCAAGAGCUUUGUAUGUUGCUUUGAGCGACUAUGUAGAUGAGCGGUCAGAACUCGUUCGCGAAGGGGGAGCACUUCGUAUGGUAAAGAUCAGUCAAUUGAUGCCGGUGUCGAGUGAAAAUGAAAGAAAAGAACAGAUAAUAAAAGUGAGAGAAGCUAUACUAAACAUACGAAGUGCUGAACCCGUCGCUUGCUCUAAUGGAUGGAAGUUUAACACUGAACACUAUACCACCACGUUAGUUACUGAGUUUUCUCUAGUCUGUGAUCAAGAAUGGCUGCCCCGCACUGGAAACACACUCUUCUGGGUGGGAUCAAUAUUUGGAAACAUAUUUUUUGGUUGGAUGUCGGACAGAUACGGUCGUCGUCCAACAACCCUAUUAAUGAUCUUCCUGGAAGUGCCACUGGCUAUCGCAGCAUCAUUCCCCAGCACUUAUUGGACGUACAUAGGGUUGAGAGUUGCUGGUGGACUUUUCUUCCCUGCUUUGUAUCAACAGCCUUUUAUAUUGGCCUUGGAAUUGAUGCCGCCUAAUAGAAGAACAUAUGCUGGUAUUGUAGUAGGUAUGCUUUUUGCAGCCGGUAUGUGUGUGUUGGCUCUCCUUGCAUAUAUCAUACGAGACUGGUUUUACCUGUCUUUGGCUACAAGUCUACCUUUUCUUUUACUUUAUGGAUACUAUUGGAUCAUUCCUGAAUCUCCGAGGUGGCUGGUGGGUCGCGGCAGGAUAGCUGAGGCGGAGAAUGUUCUCCGGAAUAUAGGAAGAAUGAAUGGUAUACAACUGCCUAGGGGGUUCCUUUUGUUGUUACACAAAAAAAUCAAAGAAGAAGAGGAAGCUGGCCUACUCAACGGCCACAUAGUGAGUUUCUCCGAUGUAUUAGAAAAAGACGAAUCCAUAGACAGAAGAAUAAGCAACAUGCUUACAUUUAAACCAGACUUGACGAAAAUAAGCGAAGAAGAACAAACUAAAGGUUUGGAAAGAAUACUAGCAUUAGAAGUAGCUGAGAUUGUAAAUAAGAAAAUGAGAAAAGGAAGUAAAGAUAGCAAUGAAGAAUCUCGUUUCAAUACUGAAUUGCAUCAAAAAUCCACACAAACUGAUCCUUUAAAAUCUCCAGCUGGAAGUUUUAGAAGAAAAUCUUUACAAUUAGUUACGAAAAUGUUCAUGAAAGAUGAAGAUGACGAGGAGAAUAGAAAAAUGGAUGAACAGAAUUCAGAAGGUGAUGGGAAAGCAUCUCUGAUGGAUAUUUGGAGAUACCCGAAUAUAAGGAAGAAGUUUUUGCUACUUACUUUUGAUUGGGUGGCUUUGGGAGUCGUUUAUAACAGCUUAAGUUACAAUUCGUCUAAUUUAGGCGUAGAUGAUUACUUAGCUUUCUUUAUUGGAGGAGCAGUAGAACUGCCCUCGUAUUUCAUAGCUUGGCGAUGCAUGGAGCGGUUUGGCCGGCGCUGGGUGCUCUGUGUUUUCAUGUGCGUAGGUGGACUCGCCUGUUUGUGCUGCGGUUUUGUUCCUGAAAGUUGGCCGUGGAUAACAGUGUCAUUAGCAAUGAUAGGCAGACUUUUCGCUGCGUCAGCAUUCGCAGUAUUCUACGUGCUUAUUGGCGAGUUGCUGCCAACUGUACUAAGGGCUCAGGCUAUGGGAGCUGCAUCCUUUAUAUCGGGAUUGGGAUUGCUUGCUUGCCCUUAUAUUGUACACUUGGCGGUCUACUCAAGAGCGUUACCUCUAAUCAUCAUGGGAAUUCUGAGCAUCUUAGGCGGAAUAACAGCUCUUUUCUUCCCAGAGACCUUACACCAACCUCUGCCUCAAACUUUGGGAGAUGGGGAGCUAUUCGGUCGAGACUUCAAGAUUUUGAGUUGUGUUGAAAAACCUAAACGUGUGGUUAUAGAUGAUUAAAAUUUCUUACGGAUUUAUCUAAGAUUUAAGUUCGACGUGCGAGUGAAUAGUAUCAUCAUUUAAAUGGAUAAUAACUUAUUAGAAAGUAUUACCAAAGUAUAAUAUGACGAGUAUGGUAACUCCAAGCAAACAUCGCAGAGCGGCUUGUAGAUAUAUGUGCAAUCCCGCCGUGCGCCCAAUAUGCACGCACAUAUUUCGAGUGGCCUAUCUCAAAAGCGUCCUAAUUCAUCACGAAGAUGGUUUAAAAAAACUGAGACGUGUCUGCCGCGCAAAAUUGACAAAUCGUAGACAAUUCCAAUUUUCUUUAAAUCCGGGUAUAUUC